AUGACCUCCCUUCCAAAGACCUUCAAGGCCGUCGUCAUCACAGAGGCCAAUGGCCCCUUCAAGCUGCAGGAUGUGGAGCUCCAGCAUCCCGGUCCAGGCCAAGUACUUGUCAAAGUCCUCGCCUGCGGUGUGUGCUUCUCAGACGUCGGCAUUGCCGGCGGCCACUUCGGCAACGUCUUCCCCCGAAUUCCAGGCCACGAAAUUGUCGGCGAUGUCGUCGAGCUGGGCGACGGGGUGAACAACAUCUCCAAGGGUCAGCGUGUAGGCGGCCCAUGGCACGGCGGCCACGACGGCCACUGCAAACAAUGCCAGCGUAGCCAGUUCCAAAUGUGCCAGAACGAGCUCGUCAAUGGAUAUACCAAAGACGGCGGUUUCGCAGAAUACGUGCUCCUGCGCCAGGAAGCUGUUGUUCGUAUCCCCAAAGAAGCUGACCCUGCUGAGGUUGCUCCCUUGCUCUGCGCUGGCGUCACCGUCUUCAAUGGCAUUCGGAAGAUGCAUGUCGAGCAGGGAGGCUUGGUUGCCGUCCAGGGACUAGGUGGACUUGGACAUCUUGCCGUGCAGUAUGCCAACAAGAUGGGCUAUGAGGUUGCUGUGCUUUCGUCCGGCGACGACAAGGCCGACUUUGCGAAGGAAUUGGGCGCGCACCACUACAUUAAUACAAAGACGUCUGAUGGCCCUGCUGAACUGACCAAGCUUGGUGGCGCGGAUAUCAUUGUUCAAACAGCGCCUAACCCUGAGGUCGUGGGCAAAUUGGUUGCCGGUCUUGCCCCUGGUGGGAAACUUCUGUGUCUUGCUCCUGUUGGCGGUGUUCAGUUUGAUACUGUUGCCAUGGUUCUUGGUGGUCGCAGCGUGGCGGGAUGGCCGUCGGGUCACGCAUUGGACAGCGAGGAAGCUAUUCGCUUUGCUCAGACCCAUAACAUCAAGUGCAUGAUUGAGAAGUAUGCGUUUGCUGACGUCCAAAAGGCGGUUGAUAGCUUGGUUGCUGGAAAGCCUCGGUUCCGUAACGUUCUUGUGAUGGGUGGUGGAAAGUAA